AUGUACGACCAAAGCGAGGAGAUGCCGGCUGGCGACAGCGGCCCGGACGGAGAAGAGCCUGUGAUACCGUCGGUCACAGAAGAAGAUGGCAGGCAAGAGAGGAUAUCAUUGAGAGAACGGGCUCAAACUAGAUGUGCCGGCGUUCACGAGUGCGGCGAAUCGGGUGGAGAAGUUAGGCAGGAAGACGAGGAGAUGGCUAGUGGAUCGCACGACCUUUCCUCCCCGGACAAUCAAAGUACUGGAAGCGCUACAGGAUCCACCUCUGCUUCCGUUAAGAGCAGUGUAAAUACAGAUGGGAGUAAAGGUCAGAUCCACAAAGAUAUGAUGAACACAGUGGCCGAAAUGAAGAAGAGGCUGCCAUCCGACAAACGCACCCGCAGCAAAGCCAGCACUGUGGAGGCCUUGCAUUAUGCCCUCAAGUGUGUGAAACAAGUCCAAGCCAAUAGUGAGUAUUACAAAUUGCUGAUGCGAAAUGGCCAGGAUGUGAAAAGCAACGCCACCGUUUGCACUCGUGAAGAGCUGGAGAGAGUCACCUCCGAACACACCCUCAAAAACACGGACUCCUUCGUGGUGGUGUUCUCCCUAUCGAGCGGCCACGUGCUACACGCGUCCGAGCAGGCUCCGAGUAUCAUGUGCUGCAAAAGGAAAUUCCUCGAGUCGACCAAGUUUGUGGAGUUGCUUUUCCACCAGGACGUGAAUGUCUUCUAUUCUCAUACGGCGCAGCCGCAUCUCCCGCCCUGGACCAACUCGCACACAGCGGGAGUUCUAUUUGACUCUGCCCAGGUCAAGUCUUUCUUCUGUCGAAUCAGAGGUGGCAAAGAUCGCGAGGGUGAGAUGCGGUACAAUCCGUUUCGCGUCACACCGUACCUGCUGAAAGUGCAGGGGACGGAGAACAGCAGGGAGAAUGAAGAGCUGUGUUGCUUGGCAUUGGCUGAACGGAUCAUUUCGGGAUAUGAGGCACCUCGAAUUCCCACGGACAAGCGCAUCUUCACCACCACCCAUUCACCUGGUUGUGUGUUCCUCGAGGUGGAUGACAGGGCAGUGCCGUUGCUUGGGUACCUUCCUCAAGAUCUUAUCGGCACGUCGUUGCUAACCACCAUUCAUCCAGACGACCGUGCCCUUAUGCUGUCUAUGCACCGAAAGGUGUUGAAAUAUGCGGGUCAGCCACCGUUCGAGCAUUCGCCGGUUCGAUUGCGCUGUCAGAAUGGAGACUACAUCACGUUGGACACCAGCUGGUCCAGCUUCAUCAACCCAUGGAGCCGCAAAGUGGCUUUCAUCAUAGGGCGUCAUAAAGUCAGAACGACUCCACUGAAUGAGGAUGUGUUUGCUGCUCCAAAUAAAGAGGAUUUAACUGUGACUCAUGAAGAAGUGAAAGAUUUGCAAGCCAAGAUCUAUAAGCUCUUCUUGCAGCCUGUCCAUAACAAUGGUUCCAGCGGUUAUGGCAGUUUAGGAAGUAACGGUUCUCAUGAGCAUUACAUCAGUGUAGCGUCUUCAAGCGACAGCAACGGUAACUUGUGGGAGGACUCGCACCGGGAACCUAUGACUCUUCAACAAAUAUGUGCAGAUGUAAACAGAGUCAGGAAUUGGGGGCAGCAGGCUUAUUUUGAUUCCAGCCACAAGAUUUCUCCUCUCAGUAAACCUGCCCCAGCGAAUUUGGCUCCGGUAGCCAACAAUCCUGAACAGAGGGAGCCUGAAGAAAGCAGGAAACCGACACACAUUCCCUCCUACCAGCAGAUUAACUGUGUGGACAACAUUGUUAGAUAUUUAGAGAGCUGUACUGGACCGGCUCUGAAACGGAAGAGUGAAUCCCACUGCCUAGCCACUUCUUCUUCCUCAUCCUCUACCUCUGAAGAUGACAAGCCAGCCAGAGCCAAUGACCCAACUCAAGCUGCUUCGGAUGUAGCCAUGUUGGAAAGCGAGGUGUCAGUCGGGCCGAGCACUGCGGCUGUCGUCGGAGCGCCACUGACGGACAUCACCAUGUCCACUAAGGCGAUGAGUGUGGUCUCCGUCACCAGUCAGUGUUCGUACAGCAGCACCAUUGUCCAUGUGCCCCAACCUGAAUCGGAGGCUACAGCGCUAGAGGACGUGCCAAUGGGAAGCGAACCCACUGACGCCGCUCUUACCGUGGUCCGUCCUGCACCGAGCUCUGCGCCUGAGGAACCGAGGUUCGUAGGCCUUACCAAGGAGGUUCUCUCAGCUCACACGCAGAAGGAGGAGCAGGAGUACGUGGACCGUUUCCGCAAUCGCAUUCUGCAGAGUCCCUACAGUUUCUAUCUCCAGCUGGACAACGGCUCAAUGGCCCACUCCCAACACCGAGGUGAAUAUCCACGGCCAAUCAACCGCUCAAGAAGAGUAAAACCCAGACUUAGGCGCCCCAAACCCGUUGGCUCAUCGGACAGCUACGCCUCUCCACCUGGACCUUCUCGUCGAGUCCCCGACUCCUCCUGGCCCUCCUCGGAAUCCUCCCAGCCGCAAAUGGCGGCGCCGUUCAAUCAAGCGUCUCCACUUCAAGCGCCGUUCUUUCCCAUGUUGGCGACCCAACCGGGCCCUGAGCAACCACCUAGACUGCAACCGGUACCUGGAGCCCCUCCUAUUAUGGCGCAGCCCCAUGACCAGACCCAGCUGAACUACAACUUUCCUCUCAUGCAGCAAAACCAAAAUCUGCCAGGCAUGCAACAGAUCCAAAUGGAAUCCAUUCAGAAUCUGCAGAAUGUCCCCAAUUUUCACAACAUGCAGCCUCUGGUUCCUGGCCAGAAUUCCUUCAUGACGCCGGUCAUGGCUGUCAUCCUACCCAACUACCCGAGUUUCGCUCCAGGUUAUCCGUCAAUUUACUCCGCCUCCAAUGCCUCCGUGAUGCCCCAGGUUCCCAUGACCAUGGCGGGGUUCGCCCCUGCCGCCCCCUUCCCGCAACCCCAGUUCCCAGCCCAGGUUGCGCCCCAAGCUCAAACCUCCCCCGGACCCCUGCUCGGCUCGCCCGGAGCUUGUUCCUCUUUGGGGGAGGAGGAGGAAGAGACGGCAGGCCCGCGAGCGUUGUUUUCUAGCUCGCGCUCAAGUUCUCCACUUCAACUCAACUUGCUGCAGGAGGAACUGCCCAAACCAAGUGAAGGGCAGAGCAGCACAGGACUCAACCACACAGAAAGCCUUCAUGAGCAGGGUGGAAAUGAGGGCGGUGCCCCAAGUGAUUCUGGAAACCAUGACGCUCAAUCCACAUCCAGUGAGCUGCUUGACCUCCUGCUGCAAGAAGAUGCACGAUCGGGGACAGGCUCUAACGCUUCAGGGUCCGGCUCGGGAGAAUCCGGAGGCUCGCUCGGAUCCGGAUCUGGAUCCGGCUCCAAUGGAACCUCUACCUCUCACACGGGCAGCAGCAACAGCAGCAAGUAUUUUGCCAGCAACGACUCCUCGGACACUUCGCGAAAAGCCCGCAAGAGCCAGGAAGCGCCGGCAGAGCACCAACACGGCUUCGACAAUCAGGUGGAGAGCUCGCUUUGGAGCAUGAUCCAGCACACGUCAGAGCAUGUCAUGAUGACUUACCAGAUCCGUAACAGGGACCAGGCUGAGGUGUUGGCUGAGGACCGGGAGAAGCUGCGAGUGCUUCAGCCUCUCCAACCUUGGUUUACACAGGAUCAGCGAGAGGAGCUGGCCCUUGUCCAUCCCUGGAUCCAGCAGCAUACCAUCCCACUAGAGAUAGAUAACCAGGGUUGCGUGACUUGCAUCGGCGGUGCGGGAGCGGCCCAUUCACCUGCGCCCCCGGAUCCCGACAGCUCUUCCCCUCUGGAGGUUUUGGAGCCGGACUCCAUUAUAGACACUUGA